AUGUCCCUGGUUCUUCCCACCCUGCUCUACCUCGGAACCUUUGACAAACCCUCACUUUCCAGCAUGAGUGGCAGGGUGGUGGCUUCAGGAGACAAUGUGAAGUUACAGUGUUUCUCCAGUUUCAAGUUUGAUGCAUUUAUUCUCACCAAAGAAGACGCACCUCAGUUCACCCAGACACAAAGAUCCACGGCCCAGGACAAUGGACAGCAGGCCACCUUCCACAUGGACCAUGUCACCUCCACACAUGCAGGGACCUACAAAUGCUACGGUACCUUCAGCAAAGACCCCUAUGUGUGGUCUCACCCCAGCGACCCAUUGCAGCUUGUGGUCACAGAAGCUACUGUUGAUCCCACAUCCGUGGAGCCAGGACAUCCACAUGCCACAGACCACAACCAGACCCAGAACCACCUUGGUAUUCUGAUCGGCUUCCCAGUGGCCAUCGUCCUCCUGCUCCUCCUCUUCCUCCUCCUUUUCUUCAUCCUCCGCCACCGCCAUCGCAAAGCCAAAAACAAUGCCACCGAGACAAAGAGACAGCCACAGGAAGUGGAACCCAUGAACGGACUGGCCUCUGAAGCUAGAGACCCACAGGAUGUCACCUAUUUCCAAGUGACCUUCAAUGCCCCCACCCACGGGACAGCUUCAGCCCCCUCCUUGCUGCCCAAGCUGACCCAGGCCAGCGAGUAUGCCACACUCGUCCUGAGAUGAGCCGUGCUCUGGACAGUAGGACUCAGAGCUACCAGUUGCAAGGUCCCUCCUCUGGCAUUGUUGCUUCUAAAUCUGAGGCUGUCAGGUGGGCUGAGGGGACCCACCCACAUUACCCAGAAAGUGGGCCCCGGCACCCCCUGAAUCUGGAGAUUAUCACCGAGUCAGUUCCAGAAUCUCCACCAUAAUUGCCCAUCAAUUCCUGGGACCCUCCUGGGUUAUUGGGACAAUGGCAGAGUAAUGUUUGUAUGUUCUCAUUGAUUAAACAAAUAUACUUAAAUCA